CUUUUGCAGCAAUUACAAAAGCUACAGUCUCUGGUAGCAGGAAAGGUUUCCAGGCCAUACAAAAUGGCCUCUACACAGACAGGAACAUGCCUGAUGGUCCUAGUGCUGUGCUUUGUUCUGGUUUUGGGCUCCAUGAUGCCAUGUCUCCCAGAAUUCUCAACAACAUCACAAACAGUAAAAGCAGCUCCAACGCCAGACAUUUACACAACAAGUAAAAUCCAAUCACGGAGCCUGCUGUUCUAUGAUGAGCACAGGGGCUCCUUAGAGGAGACCUACAGCUCCUUCAUUUCUGUGGAGCAUCCUGAAGAAUGGGAGGCUGAAAAAAAUGGGGAAGAAGAGGAGCAGCCACAAGAAGACGUGCACAGUACCCUGGCUGUGGCUCAUGAAACAGUCAAGUAUCUGAACAAAACCCAUCUUACAGGCCCAAAUCAGAAUCAGACCAGCUCAACUCUUACUCAUCCCAAGGAAGGAUUCCACGAGAGAGAUGGAACUUCCAGUGACACAGCUGAAUAUUUGUAGCAGCUGCAAGCUCUCCAGGCCUCUUCCGUCUGGAUGCAGGAUCCUUUCCUAGUGAUGUGACUGGGGUUGCAAUCCUUUGCACGCUUACCUAGAAGUAAGUCUUAUUAUUCUCAGAAGGACUUAGUUCUGAGUAAGCAUGAUUAGGAUUGCAAGGGGGACGGGUUGGAUUGCAGGUCUAAACUCACAGACUCAUAAAUACAACCUGGUGGGAAUUAUUUCUGAGUAACAUGAACAGGCUUGCACUGUGGAAGGAGAUGCCCUACCUAGACAUCUCCAAGCUGGCCUUGAGUUUAGCUCUUAUUCACUCAGACUUAGGCCCUGGUAUCAAUACAGAUCUUUCUGUCAGGUUUCACAGUAUUUUCCAUAUCAGGGAUAGGACCUGGCAACAUAAAAGCCUCAACCCUCUAAUUUAUCCUCACUUGUGAUCACCAUAGCCACUGGUUAUGCUUUUCCCUUGAUUGAAGUCUACCACAUAACUGUAUCAUUACCAGACCAUUUCUGUUUCUAUGUCAGGAAAAACUUCAUUCCUGUUCAGCUACUGAUUUGUUCAGAUUUUUACAUUAGGGUUUUUUUUUUUACAUAGUUGUACACUGUACAAUUAAAUAUCCAGAUAAGAGGAAAAGUCUUCAAAAGAUCAUUUUUGCUUAUCAAAUAUGACAUUACAAAAUGAAUGAGAUUACAUAUCACAUUUAUGUUCAAAUAAGAAAAAAAAAAGUCUUCUAAAAAGUGUUUCUCAUCAACACAAAUUGUAAUCAGUAAAAUCAGUCCUUUUCUCUGAAGAUUGGAGCUGCAGUCUGAAGGUUUACUUCUGAAUAAGAAGUUUUUCAAAAAUUCACUGCAAUCUUUGGUAUUUGUUAGGUGUUUUUUAAACUUUGGCUUUCUUUUCAGAUUGUCCAACAGUUUACUCCAGCCCAUUUUAAUGAGGUCCUUCUUUACCUUAUGCUGUUCCCUUUAAAACAUGAGACUACAAACUGGACAGGUCUUCAUAUUGACUAAGAAAUUCUGUUUGGCCAUGUCUACAGAUGUUCCUCCUCAACAUGCAGAGGGUCAAAGAUAGUGGUGAUCUCUAUGCCCCCACCCCCACAUACACAUAUAUGCACACUUACAUAUAACUAUUUUAAUGUUUUCUGGUUGCAUUUGGGACAGAUAGAUCAGCACAUUUCAGCAAUAGUUUCCAUUUCAAUAGUCAACAUGCAGAAGUUCUUCCCAGCAAUUCUUCAUUAAAGUCCACUAGGACCAACACUACAGCUUUCUACCCAUCCACCCCUUCAAAAAUUCAAAACCAGCAUAAAGAAUCCCUUCUCCACAAGUGCAUAUCCUUGUCAUCCAUGCCAUUAGUCAUAACUUCUGAGAAUUGUCCACGUGUGCCUCAAAUUCAUAUUGUUGUACAGAGACCAAAAGCAGAAAUUGUUUGUACAUAAUGAAUCUUAUUUUGUAUUAUUGCCAACCCUUAAGAUAAUGUAUUUUGGAGAUCUUCAAAUCCUAUUUUCUGUAUUGUAUUUUAUUAAGAGUUAUUGCGGGCUUUGCUUCUGUGAAUUUCCUCUCUUUGCAAUGUACUGUUUCCACUCGGUCUAGCAGCUGAUGUUUGCCCUGUUUGUUCCUAAUAUAUCACUCUUUUCUUCAUCUCUUGGCUCUGCAAUUGCUUUCAAGCAGCAAAAUUAAAAAAAGAUGCAGCAUCA